UGGGAUAGAGGCUGGAAGGUCAAACUGGUAUUACAUCCGGUUCAUUCGGGGUCGUCCAGAAGGAUUCUCAUUCCACACUUUAGGAGUUUACGAUGUUGAUACGAAGAGUAUUGCAGUUGGGCUUGUCUGCUGCGAAAGGAAGUCGAAUUAUUCAUCAAAGUGCUCCAUGGAGAAGUCCUCUUAUACCAAUUGUAGUUGAACAGACGGGCCGAGGAGAACGCGCCUAUGACAUCUACUCUCGCUUGUUAAGAGAGAGAAUUAUCUGUGUUAUGGGUCCAAUUGAUGACUCUGUUGCCAGUCUUGUCAUUGCCCAGUUGCUAUUCCUUCAGUCAGAGAGCAACAACAAACCCAUCCACAUGUACAUCAACAGCCCUGGUGGCGUGGUCACAUCAGGCCUGGCAAUAUAUGACACCAUGCAGUAUAUCCUGAACCCCAUCUCCACCUGGUGUGUGGGCCAGGCUGCCAGCAUGGGCAGCUUACUUCUGGCAGCAGGCACAAAUGGCAUGAGGCAUUCGCUCCCAAAUGCCCGCAUUAUGGUGCACCAGCCAUCAGGAGGGGCAAGGGGUCAGGCCACAGAUAUUGCCAUUCAAGCAGAGGAGAUUCUUAAACUGAAGAGACAGAUCAACAACAUUUACAGCAAACACACUGGACAGCUACUGGAAACAAUAGAGGGUGUGAUGGAGAGGGACCGCUACAUGAGCCCCAUGGAGGCCCAGGAUUUUGGCAUCAUUGACCGGGUCCUGGUGCAUCCCCCUCAGGCUGGACAGGAUGAGCCUGAGCUGGUACAGAAAGAGCAGACCACGGGCCCGAAGUUCCCCGCUGCCCCCGACUCUCCUGCCCCUGAGCAAGGGUCAUCUGGGACCAACCCGCCCUCCUCAUACAAACCGGAACCCUGAAGGGAACAGUCCAGACUCAUCCCUCCCUCAACAAGUCUGUCAGCCUCAUUCUGCACAGAUCACUAAGGGUAUGCCUGGAAUGAAGGCACCAGCAAUACCUCGUUUGGCCUAAUUUCAACACCGUGUUUUAUCUCUGGUGUCUUGGUUCUCUAAAUUUGGACAGAAGACAUACCAUAUCUCCGAAAUGCGUAUGUGGUCUUUUGUGAUGAGAGAAAAUGUGUGUUGCACUCAACAGUCUCAACAGUGGCUUUGCAUUUGUAACCUAUAGGUUUCAUUUUAUUAAAAAAAUGUUUAGAAUAAUAAAAAAUGUGUGUUUAAGUUUA